UGGAAAUUCAUUGUAUUAUUUUAGAUAUGGCAAACAUAGAUCGAUGAUAUACAUGUAUGUUAUCUAUCUCGAUUUACUUCAACUGUAUUUGAUUUUUGAUUUGGUUGUUCAUUAUAAUUGCGGUUAUCCUAGACAGAUAUCACUUCAUUUGCGACCAUGACAGCGAUAUCAAUCCAAUUGGCGGAGGAGUCAUUGGGCUCGUUGCAUAAACAACACUCUGACAACUCCAACCCAACUAGUUUUCUAUCCCUACCGACGAGAUAUGAAAUUGAUGUCAGCGACAAGGCAGAGCUUAUAACGAGAAACACAACAGCUACUAACGAUGAGGAGUUGUCGCAUCAAGACAUCAAAUCAUCCGCUGGAGCUGGAACUGUUCUAGUGGCAAAGAUAUGUGAUGCCUUGACUCGUUAUAUCAACGAUAAUGGGGACUGCAGGUACAACGAGGAAACGGUGCGCAAAGUUGGGAUGUUGGUGGGAAAGAAUACCUUGACGGUUGAGUCGACGCAGCUGGAUUCGAUCAACGAUAGCACAGACGACCUUGGAAAAGAAGACAAAAUGAAUCAAACAGUGGCAGCGAUGUUGAACGGAAUUCUAGACCACAAAGUUACUCGGACGAGGUCCGUUCAUUUUAAUUCUAACGAGCCUGUGCUUCUGGUCAAUGGGAGCAGCGACAUCUCAUUAUCAGACCUCAUGGAUGCCAUCGAUGCGGCAACUGUACAAGUACAGCAGGGUCGUGGUAUCUGGCCUGUUCGUGUCUAUGGAGGGAGAUUCUGGCCCGUGCAGGGAGGCGGAUUCUCUAUUUCUCUGUUGAACGUGGUCAAUACCGACAUCGGGGGACCCAGUAUGGUGCAGCUUCUGGAUGAACAUUGUGAUGCCCCCGAGUGGAAUGGAUUUCUCCGGCAUGAUGUUUGGCGUGGGAGGGAUUUGGUCUCGAGAGAAGAAAGAGCCCACUGGGGAUCUGGCGGUCAACAAAUCCACGAUGAUGAUGAUGGUUCUGAGCACUCGAUGCACAGUGAGGAUUCGACGUCAACGCACCAGGAGGACUAUCUGGAUGACAAUGCCGAGUCGAUGGCAAAGUUUCAGGAAGGUUCGAGGCAGUCCGAGCCGGAAUUUGAGCCAAUUGAUCAACAUAACAUUCCAGUGGCAGCCAUGGCUGAACCUGCGACAGCACUCGAUAUAUUGCCCCAUGAGGGCGGGGAGACCGACACUCCUGAUCCUGCCGAGCCCGAGCAUAACAUAUCGGUGCCACAGGAGUUGAAUGUCCCCGAACGGACAAUCGGGUAUCCAACAUGGGAUCGUCGUCAUGACAGUGUAUCUCUGAUCGAUCUCAUCCGGUCUCAAGCGCUGGACUCAUCACCUCUGGAUUUGGAGGAGAGCGGAGCGGAGGCAGAACAGGAUGAGACUGCGAGAGAGCAGCCGCUGCCACCAGAGUCGGUGUCGAAAGACGAAGACGAGUUUGUCUUGAUAUGAGUUUCAUAAGAACAUAGUCGCAAAGUCGACAUUGAUAGUUCUCAGCCAGCGUGUAAUGCAAUCCAAACAUCCUGUUUUCAGUCA